GUUAAUUAUUUGUCAUGCUAUACGUCCUAAUAGACAACUGCUUGAAGCGGUGGGUGUGUCCCAAAUCGCGUAGUUACCGUCUAUAUAGUAGCCGAGAUACAUGUAUUUUUCCCCACUACAGGCCUAUAGUAGGAAAGUAUGCGAUUUGGGACACAGUCGAACUCUCUUGUUCGCCGUAAAACUGCCGUGUGUGAUCGUGUCCUGUCACAAAAUGCGGUGAAAACUCCCACACGACGUUCAUAAUGUGAUUAAGGUGUUUACAUAUCUCUACUACACGUCCAUAAUGCGACUAAAACAGGAGUACUCCACCUGUCUUAAUUAGAUUAUUGCUUACUUCGAUUAUGACCUUAAUUAGAUUAAGGUAAGUAAAAAUUGCUGUUUACACGGUAGUUUCUUAAUUAGAGUAUGGUCUUAAUCGGAUUAAGAGUAGAUUAUUGUUGUCCAUGUAAACGCAGCUAGUGUUUUUAACUUUUACCUCCAAAUCAGAGGACAAUUGGGACCAUGUGUUUCUGAUACUGUAUGUAGGGUCAUUGCUUAAUUAGGGAGGUCCACACACUAUGUUAUUCACACCACAAUUGUAGUUGUCUUUUUUGUCACUCAGAAUCCGGCAUCACUUGGGAAGUUCAGAGAUAUGAUGGCUGGUAUAAUAACUUGGCCUAUCAUCGUCGGGGGACAGCAGGUAACAGCCUGAUAUAUACCUAUCAGUAGUGUAAACUAUGCUGCAAUGUUAGAUACAUAGGUUUCUCAUUGGUCCUUGGAUAGUUAGGGGUUUAAGCUUGGUAAAAGGGCUCUACUUGGAAUCUAUUCUGAAAUGGAAACCUUCGUUGUAGCAACAAACCAAAGAACCUUUAGGGUGCUAGAUGCAGUCAUUUUUACAAAGAGUGUGUAGAUCCCAGAAGAUAGGCUCCAGGUUCCCCGUGACCCUGAAAAGGAUAAGCGGUAUAGAAGAUGGAUGGAUGGAUGUACAUCCCAGACAAAACUGUACCAUACAGGCGUAUGAAUUAAAUUACCUUCUUUACAGCAUUGAGAACUAUCUCUGAUGGAUGAUUCUUUAAGGUUUUUUUGUUGGCUUCACAGUGAACCAAACAAUCAUUUUAUAUAUUAAAUAUUUGUAUCUUUAUGGUUUUUUAUGGAGGGAAUUGUUUUUCAGUGUAUUGUGGCACCAACAAAAAUGGUUAAAGACCCAAUUUUUGCAGUACAAAUAUGUGAAAGGUACUGGUGCCUGGCAACAAAUUAUAUUCAUGUAAUAUUUAGUAUUAUAAAUAUUACCAAGGAAGUUGUAAAAAAAAAAAAAAAACAAGUUGUAAAACAAAAUGGUAUGUAGCCAUAGUCUGCAUCUAAGGAACCUGAUCCCAGCACUGUGAAUGUUUGUUGAACAGGUGCACCUCUCAUGCGCCUCCUGUCCGCUCACUACUCAGACGGAGUUUUUCAAAUCAAAGGACUGCAUCUACCCAACUCACGGUGCAUCAGUAACACAGUGUCACGUGGCCCCUCUGGCCAACUGUCAGUCCAGAACCGAACGGUUCUCUCAUUGUUUUUUGGUGAGUGACACCUUCAAUAAAGAUGUGUGUGUGUGUGUGUGUGUGUGUGUGUAAAUUUACCAUAGCAGAAAGUCUGUCAGACUGUUUAUGCUAACAAUCCUCCUUGAUUUUUUGACUGAACCAUUAUACACUGUUUCAUUCUGACAAGACAACUAUAAAUUUACUGGUGGCCAAUAGGUUUUCAUGUAGUGUAUGAGAUUGUGGAAUCCCGAAGACCUGGUUGCCCUUCUGAGUUCAUGAACGUCCCAGUCCCAAAGGAUGACCCUGUCUUUGGGCGUAACUCCAAAGAAGAAGUCCUGCUCCAGUUCCAACGUGUACAAUGGGACCGUAGUAGUGGACAGAGUCCAAACAACCCAAGAAAACAGGUGAACCAUGUGACAGCUUGGAUUGAUGGCAGCUCAAUCUAUGGUUCCUCCAGCUCUUGGUGUGAUGCCCUGAGGAGUUUCCAUGGAGGGCUCCUGUCCUCAGGCUCUUCUUCUGACAUGCCAAAGCAGACUGCCAGUAACAAUUUCAUGUGGAGUGCUCCAAACCCCUGCAACGGACAGACCGGUCCAGAGGGGCUCUAUGAAUUUGGGAAUGCCUGGGCCAAUGAGAAUAUCUUCAUGGUAGCUGAGGCGAUUAUUUGGUUUCGUUACCAUAAUUAUCUUGCUACUCAACUACACAAGGAACACCCAUCAUGGUCAGAUGAGGAGCUUUUUCAAAGUGCCAGGAAGAUGGUUAUUGCCACAUUUCAGAACAUUGCAUUCUAUGAAUGGUUGCCUAAAUAUCUAGGAGUCUCAGUGCCUUCAUACCCAGGCUAUCAGAAAUCUGUUGAUCCAGGAAUUUCUCCCGAGUUUCAGAUUGUAACAACAUGCUUUGAUUUAACUCUGGUUCCCUCUGGUGUCUAUAUGAGAAACAGGACUUGUCACUACAGAAAAGUUGUGAACUUGGAUGGGAGUACUUCUCCAGCACUCCGCUUAUGCAACAGUUUUUGGAACAGACAUAACCCAAAUUUAAACUCUGGUCAAGAUGUGGACGAUCUGAUAAUGGGUAUGGCUUCGCAGACAGCUGAGAGAGAGGACAACAUAAUUGUUGAGGAUUUGCAAGACUACAUGUAUGGAUCCUUGCAGCUCUCACGUACUGAUGCCUUGGCCAUAGCCAUUCAGAGAGGCAGAGACUUUGGGCUGGCCAGCUAUAACCAAGUCAGAGAGGCCCUCAACCUUCCACCUGUCAAGACCUGGGGAGAGAUUAAUCCCAACCUGAACAAGACUAAUCCAGAGUUAUUUUUGGAGCUGUCCAAGCUAUAUGAAAACGAUAUCAACAGGUUGGAGCUGUCUGUAGGAGUUCUGCUUGAGAUAAACAAUGGACCAGGUCCGGUAGUUUCCUCCAUUGUCCUGGACCAGUUUGAACGCAUCAGAAAUGCAGACCGAUUCUGGUUUGAAAACCAACAAAAUGGCUUGUUUACGGAGGAGGAGAUCCAAGCUAUACGAAGCACCACAUAUCAUGAUGUACUUCUCAGGACCACUAGUGCAGAGAGUGGAGACAUACAAGAGAAUGUGUUUUUCUGGCUAAAUGGUGAUCCCUGCCCUCAGCCUCAGACAAUCACAGCCUCCAUGCUUUACCCUUGCACUAAUGCUACUUCUAUGAGUUACUUCGACAGUGGCAGCAAAGCAGGCUUUGGCAUUUUUGUCAUUGCCCUUUUCUUCUUCCCUGUAGUGAGUUUCCUCGUGGCUUACGUAGUGGCCUACAUCCGGGCAACCAAGUACAAAAGGUUUCUGAAAAGGACCCAAGGCCCCACUAAAGACAAAACCACCCCUCAUGGAAUCAGAGCUUGUGAGUGGCAAGGAUAUUCAGAUUCUCCUCAGUACGUCAGCCUGGAGAUUGAUGAGAAGAAACGGCUCCAGAUUUAUGGUGAAAAUGGAUCCCCUGUGCGCACUCAUAACCUUGGUACUCAGGACCUCCUUGAGGUGUUUCUGUCUAAUGAUCACCAGCACCGUGCCCUACUUUUGAAGAUCCCCAAGGAAUAUGAUCUGGUUUUGCUUUUUGAGAACAUUGUGCAGAGAUCUGAGUUUUUGGAUCAGCUUCAGUCUGACCUGAAGGAAAUGACCCUUCAUCUGAUAGUGACCGAGAUGAGUGAGAAAGAACUGCUGAAGGAGGCAGUGACCAAAGAGCAACGAGCUCAGAUUGUGGAGACUUUUUUCAGACAUGCAUUUGCAAAGAUUCUAGAUAUUGAUAAAAAUGAUGCUGGAGAUUUGAGUGCUGUGUCCUCCAAGAGAACCAAAGAGGCUCUUCAGUGUGAGCUCACAGGAGCUGAGUUUGCCCAUGCGCUUGGGCUGAAGCCUGACUCGCCUUUUGUGGAGUCCAUGUUUUCUCUGGCAGAUAAGGAUGGCAAUGGAUAUCUCUCUUUUCAAGAGUUUCUCGAUGUUCUGGUCAUCUUCAUGAAAGGAACCCCAGAGGAGAAGUCCAAGCUCUUGUUCUCCAUGCAUGACAUUAAAGGAGAAGGUUUCCUGUCUAAGGAAGAUUUUUGUUCUUUACUAAGAUCUUUUUUGGAGAUCUCCAGUAAUGUCCUUUCUAAGAACCAGGCAGAGGAAGCUAUAGCAGCCAUGCUUCAUGCUGCAGGCUUUGAUAACAAAGAUCACAUCACCUGGGAAGACUUUCACAUCUUACUGCAAGAUCAUGAGAAUGUCCUGCAGUUUGCACAACUUAACAUCAAAGGAAUUGAAAUGCAUGACAUGAACAGACUAAGCCAACAUCGGGUGUCCUUUAUCAUCACAAAGAAACACAGCUCCUCUUUUAAAAAAGAUGGUGACUUUGUAUACAAUUGCCCCGUAGAUGAUGGCCCAGAACUUCGCCAACGAAAAAAAUCAGGCCUCUACAGCCCUAAGCUGUAUGUGAAGCCUCAGAGAGAGCGCUACAUUAGGAGUCGUGUCCAACAGAAGAUCCAGCAGUUUAAACGCUUUGUGGAAAACUACCGUCGCCAUAUUGUGUGCAUUGGUGUCAUCUAUGGGAUCACUGCUGGGGUUGCUCUGGAGAGAUGCUAUUACUACGGUUUUCAGGAUCGCAGCUCUGGUGUCACAGAGUCUUCCAUGGUUGGCAUUAUAGUGUCCCGAGGCUCUGCUGCUGGCAUCUCUUUCUUGUUCCCGUACAUGCUGCUCACAGUGUGUCGCAACCUCAUAACCAUGUGCAGGGAAACCUUCCUAAACAGUUACAUUCCCUUUGACUCUGCUAUAGAUCUCCAUCGCCUCAUGGCAAUGACGGCUAUCAUCCUUUCAGUUACGCACAGCUUGGGUCAUUUAGUCAAUCUUUACGUCUUCUCUGUCAGUGAGCUCAGCAUCCUCGCCUGCAUGUUUCCCAAAGUGUUUUCAAAUAACGGGUCAGAGCUACCAGCGAAAUGGACCUUCUGGUUCUUUUGUACAGUACCAGGCAUGACAGGGAUCAUUCUUCUCCUUGUCUUAGCCUUUAUGUAUGUCUUUGCCUCGCAUUACUUCAGACGUAUCAGUUUCAGAGGGUUUUGGAUCACUCACUAUUUUUAUGUGCUUAUUUAUAUACUGACAGUGAUCCAUGGCAGCUUUGCCCUCCUCCAGCAGCCACGCUUUUACAUCUACCUGAUCCCACCUGCCCUCCUCUUCCUCCUGGAUAAACUCAUCAGCCUCAGCAGGAAGAAGGUUGAGAUCCCUGUAGUGAAUGCUGAGCUGUUGCCCUCAGGAGUGACAUAUCUGGAAUUUAAGCGCCCCCAAGGAUUUACCUACCGUUCAGGACAGUGGGUACGUGUGGCCUGUCUGGAGUUGGGCACAGAUGAGUACCACCCCUUCACACUGACCUCAGCACCUCAUGAGGAGACCCUCAGCCUGCACAUCCGUGCUGUGGGACCAUGGACCAGCAAGCUGCGAGAGAUCUACAACCUAGAGAGACUGACGGAACUAGGGACUUAUCCUAAACUGUAUCUGGAUGGACCAUUUGGGGAGGGCCACCAGGAGUGGAAAGACUUUGAGGUGUCUGUUCUAGUGGGAGGAGGCAUUGGAGUAACUCCAUUUGCUUCUAUACUGAAGGAUAUAGUUUUCAAGUCUUCAGCGAAACUCAAAGUUCAAUGCAAAAAGGUAUAUUUUAUCUGGGUUACGCGGACUCAGCGUCAGUUUGAGUGGGUGUCGGAUAUCAUACGAGAAGUUGAGGAGAUGGAUGCACAGGAGCUGGUGUCUGUACACAUAUACAUCACUCAACUGGCAGAAAAGUUUGAUCUGAGGACCACCAUGCUUUAUGUAUGCGAGCGCCAUUUCCAGAAAGUGUCGAACAGGAGUCUGUUUACUGGCCUGCGUUCUGUCACACACUUUGGUCGUCCACCAUUUUUGGCUUUCUUCAGCUCCCUACAGGAAGUUCACCCUGAGGUGGGGAAGAUUGGUGUCUUCAGCUGUGGUCCACCUGGUCUGACAAAGAAUGUAGAGAAAGCCUGCCAGCAGAUAAACAAACGAGAUCAAGCACAUUUCAUUCAUCAUUUUGAGAACUUCUAACUUGACUAUUGCUUCUAAAUUUACUGUUGAUUAACAUGUUAAAUUUACUGUUUCUAACAAUUAACAAUGAAGUGAUCUAACUAUAAAUGUGUUGAUAUUGUGAGAUGCAUUGAUUUUACUUGAUACCAUAGUGCAGUACUGUUAUUGAUUAUUACUGAUUUAUUUUCAACUAAUUAAUUUCUUUUUUAAACUACUUUACUUCUCCAUCCAUCCAUCCAUGGAUGGAUGGAUGGAUAGAUACUUUACUUCUUUUUUUCCUUAUUAAUAUAUUUUUUAAAUGUGAUUUGUGAAAUUAA